AUCAACGCCGAAAUAGCUACAACGAGAUGUGCUCGUCGUUUGCCCAUGUUCGACGACCCAGUUGCUAGCUAGCUCGAUUAGCAGCGACAUCAGCACGAAAGCCCGGUCUUAUUUUUCAUUGUGUUCGUAGUGAGUUCGAACCUACGCCGCCAACAGCAAAAUGGAAAUUAAUAAGGUUCUCAUCAGCGACUCGUGCGAUCCCCGAUGCGCCGACAUACUUCAACAGGCCGGAUGCGAAGUAACGGUGAAGACCGACCACACAAAAGAGCAGCUGAUUAAGGCUAUCAAGGAAUACGAUGCGCUCAUUGUCCGCAGUGCAACGAAGGUUACUUCCGAAGUUAUCAAUGCCGGUACGAAGCUUAAGCAGGUAAUCGGUCGUGCCGGAACGGGUGUCGACAACAUUGACUGUAACGCUGCGAGUACGCGCGGAAUCUUGGUUAUCAAUGCUCCCGGAGGCAACACGUUGGCGGCUGCCGAAAUGACCUGUGCACUCAUUCUGUCGCUUUCUCGAGAUCUAACUGCAGCAUGCGCCUCUCUCAAGGCGGGCCGCUGGGACCGUAAGGCGUUCAUGGGUAAUGAGCUCAAUGGAAAGACGCUAGGAAUCGUCGGCCUGGGCCGUAUUGGCCGGGAGGUUGCCACCAGAAUGCAGGCAUUCGGUAUGCGCACGAUCGGCUAUGAUCCAGUCAUUCCAGCAUCUGUUUCGGCCGAGUUCGGUGUCCAGUCGAUGAGUUUGGACGAAAUGUGGCCGCAGGUUGAUUAUAUCACUGUCCAUACACCGCUCAUUCCUCAGACGAAGAAUCUCAUUAACAUCAUAACACUAAACAAGUGCAAAAGAGGCGUUAAAAUCGUCAAUUGCGCACGUGGCGGCAUUGUCAAUGAGGAUGAUCUGCUUACCGCUCUGGAAUCGGGACAAGCGUCCGGGGCUGGUUUUGAUGUAUUCGAAGAUGAACCACCAAAAAAUACGGCGUUCAUCGCCCACCCGAAGGUGAUCUGUACGCCGCAUCUGGGCGCUAGCACAAAGGAGGCUCAGUCACGUGUCGCGAUUGAAAUCUCGCAACAGUUUGUAGCGCUUAAAAAGGGUGAAAAUAUCUGGGGAGCUGUUAACCAGCCCGCGAAGUAAUUCGUUCCCCUUUAUGCAGUGGAGACAUAUGCGGGCAAAUGUCUAUCCGAGAAGUCGUCAACGCGUGGAGUAUCAGCGUGGAUAGCUGAUGACUAAACUGACUGUUCUACCGAUGACUGCCGAAUCGUCUACGGGCAAACUUGUGUUUUGUAAAUAACAUAAUUAUAAAUAAAGCAUAAUUUUACUCUUAAGUGCCAA